AGCAGUGUUCGUUUUCUUUUCCGCCAAAAAUAAAAGAAGAAAGAACAAUGGUAGCAGUGGUGCAAGUUCAAGCAGCGACUUCCUAAACAAUGCCGAGGCAGCGACGAUGAAGCAACUAGGGUUAGUGGCAGCAGCACAGCUUCUCCAUAACAACGACCUUCUUCUCCGGUGAAGCAUCACACAGUUUGAACUCUUUACUGUUUUAUUGAGAAAUAACUUGGAGGAGGCGCGAAGAGGAGAAGGGAUGGCGCGGACGAAAGAAGGUUGAGGAAAUGAAACCUGGACAAGGAAAUAACUUGGGGCGAGGGAUUUCGCCUUUUGUGGGCAAGGAAAUGAAACCUGAAUGGAGCUCGGUAAUCAAUUUUGUCAUUCCUUAGGUAUUUCAUCGCCAUUGCUUGAGUUUUUAAAAUGGAAACCAAAAACCACUUUAACCUUUGAUUCCGAUUGGCAUCUUCAAACGUGGUGAACCACCACGCCCCGUGUUUGAGCUCUUUCACCGCCGAACAGCCACCAUUAUCGCCGCCUUCCACGACCCUAUUCAGCAAUUUGUCACGUUGCAUGUUCAUAGUUUAUCCUCUUUACCACCUUGCGACGCUGACUAUCAUUGCUUCUCGCCAGCGGAACAAGAAUAUGGAAAAACAGGGCACUCCAUUUUAGGAAUUUGCCCGCCUAAGCUAUUAAUGAAUAAUGAUGCUCCCAUGCUUAACAACUUCAGGAAGGCUUACCUUUUACAGUGAAUUUACAAUUUUCUUCACUGGGUGUGAACCAUAUAGUUUUCUUAGCAGUAAACCAAGCCAAAUUGCACUGGCAUUUGAGUAAAACCAAUUUCGAUGCAAAGUGUUAGAAUUUUCAAGAGCCAUUAUAAAUGUUUGUCAGAUUUUGAGGUUUUCAAUGGAUAAUAGCUGAUCUUGUCAAAGCAACCCCAGUUUACCCUAAUAAGAUUAAAUAGUACUGAUGCUAGCUGCACCGCUUUUCCCAAUGCACAUACUACAACAGCCAGCAAUGCAGAAGUCAAAUUAUAAUGCUAAACUUAAGCAUAGAAAGCCGCAGCAGCAGAUGUUGGAGGCUGCUCAGGAGAUUGCCAUUUAUAUUCAUCGGUUUCACAAUCUUGACCUGUUCCAGCAAGGAUGGUAUCAGAUUAAGAUUACAAUGAGAUGGGAGGAUGGCAUUUCUGAUUCAGUUGGAACUCCAUCACGAGUUGUUCAGUAUGAAGCUCCUGACUCCAGUUCUGAUAAUGUAUAUGGAGUGUGGAGGAUUGAUGACAAAGACCACAGUUUCUACACACCACCUUUCAGAAUAAGAUAUGCAAGGCAGGAUAUCCUUCUCUUAUUGAUGGUCUCUUUCAACUUAUCUCUUGCCGAAUAUGAGGGACCAUCUUCAUCUGCCGUUAUUCUGAAAUUUGAGCUCUUGUAUGCGCCUGUGUCGGAGAACAGGUGUGAUUUGCAGGGCUCAUUAGACAUAUGUCCCACUGCAGUCCAUGAAUUUCGAAUUCCUCCUAAGGCUCUUCUUGGACUCCAUUCUUAUUGCCCUGUUCAUUUUGAUGCUUUCCAUGCUGUACUCGUUGAUGUAAGUGUACACAUCUGCCUAUUGCGAAGUGGUUUGCACACCUCCUCAUCAAACGGGCCAAGCGGUUCUUGCAAGAAUAAUGUUGCAGUUGAAGACUAUGAUAAGUCAAAGCAAGCAAUACUUGUUAAAGGAUUUUUGAAUGCUCGUGACAUACUUCUUGAAGAGCUACAAAAAAUCAGCAAGGCUAUUAAUCAGGCUAUCAAUGUAAAUGAUUUUGCUUCUAAACAUGAGGUUAAAGAAUUGUUAAGUUUCCCCACAGAUGCAGAUUCAGCAAUAGAUGCGAAUGCAGUUUCAGGACAGGCUCAAAGCAAAAGGCAGCAUGUUUCUAAGAAACCAAACAACAUAUCUGAAGAAGUCCUGCAUUCUCUACCUACUGAGGAACUGCUCAGCCUGUUUAUUUGCUUUGGCAAUCAAGUUGUUUACUUAUGGGGUGUAUUUCAGAAGUUUCACAGGGCUCACAAAACAUCAAUUCUGGAUUUCCUUAGAGAACAAUGGGCUAUUGAUCGAAGAACAGAAUGGUCAAUAUGGAUGAUCUAUUCUAAUGUUGAGAUGCCACACCAAUACAUAAGUAGUGAUGUUGAUAAAUCGUUUUACCUUCGUACUCAUGGAAGAGCACGUGUUCUGAAGAAGCUUACUGAAGAUCCUGCUCAUGCUGCAGCUAUGCGUGCUGAUCUUCACCGGCGGAGUAUAGCACAAAUGAGAAUUAAUCAUUCUUCGAUUCAAGACAUGCACAUAUUUGGAGAUCCAUCACGCAUUCCAAUUGUGACUGUAGAACGUGUUAUAAAUGCACCAUUGCGCACAACAAGUGGUUUUUCAUAUUUCAUUCAUAGGGAGGCAAAGGAUACUAACAUCGCAGAUUCUGGGUUUGGCUCUAAAGCUAUAAAUAAAUUAACUGAUGGAAGCCCAAGGCAAAAUGCUCGUGUUCUAAAAGUUGUUGUCUUCGUCCAUGGAUUUCAGGGACAUCAUUUAGACUUACGGCUCAUAAGGAAUCAGUGGCUUUUGAUAGAUCCUAAGACAGAGUUUCUUAUGUCAGAGGUCAAUGAAGAGAAGACCUCUAGCGACUUCAGGGAAAUGGGAUUUAGGUUGGCUCAGGAGGUAACUUCUUUCAUUAGAAAGAAGAUGGACAAGGCAACCAAAUCUGGAAAUCUAAAAAGCAUUAAACUUAGCUUUGUCGGACAUUCCAUUGGAAAUAUCAUAUUAAGAACUGCAUUAACAGAGAAUGUAAUUGAACCUUAUCUCAGAUAUCUGUAUACAUAUGUUUCUGUUUCUGGCCCACAUCUUGGUUACUUGUAUAGUUCAAAUUCUUUAUUCAAUUCUGGCCUGUGGCUUUUGAAGAAGCUCAAGAGCACGCAGUGUAUCCAUCAACUUACCUUUACAGAUGACCCUGAUUUGAAAAAUACAUUCUUAUACAAGCUUAGCAAGCAAAAAACCUUGGAGAAAUUCAGGAACAUUGUUCUGUUGUCUUCACCACAGGACGGUUACGUUCCAUAUCACUCUGCUAGGAUUGAGAUGUGCCUAGCAUCUUCAGGGGACAAGUCAAAGAAGGGAAUUAUAUUCCUGGAGAUGCUCAACAAUUGCAUGGACCAGAUACGUGCCCCGUCAUUUGACCAUCGAGUUUUCAUGCGAUGCGAUGUUUGUUUUGAUACAACAUUGCAAGGGAAGAAGAGCUUGAACACAAUGAUUGGGAGGGCAGCUCAUAUCGAGUUCCUGGAAUCUGAUGCUUUUGCUAAAUUUAUACUGUGGUCAUUCCCGGAGUUAUUCUAUUAAGGCCACUUCAAUAGGGUGAUAUACUGAUAAAUUCCUGCCUAAGUGCCCUAUACUGUCCAUAGCUGCUUCCAAACCUCUUAUUGACUCGAGGACUCGAGCUACCCAGAGUUCUUGAUCCCGGGAUCAUAUUAACUGUGCAGGGACACGAAGGCAUCGGGUUGCUUACUGUUCUGCAGCAUGCCGGCAUUCCAAUCAGCAAACUGAUUACUUCAGUGCUUUUACCCCAAGAUCAAAGACCCAGAAAUGUUCUCAGAUUCAGAAUAGUUUUGUGAAACCUGGCAUGAUGGUGGGUUCAGGUCUAUAGAUUCUGCAGCUUUUGUGCAGUGUAAAUCAUAUUCAUCACAAAAAAUAACUGUUGCAUUUGAAGUGCUUGGGAACCUAAAAAUUUGUGGGCUUAUGUUAUUCUCAGUAAACCUAGUCAUUACAACAUCAAAAUUCAGAUUAGUCCUUGUAAUAUAAGAUUUAUUCUUUUGUAUGUAUAUUAUUCUUUUGUUGUUGAAGUUUUA